UUGGAAGUGGCGGAUGAGUUAUGUAAGAAAUUUUCGGAUGAGCCCUACUUUGGGGUCUAUUAUGGAAGCGAUCCCGCUCUAAUGGUUAAGGACCCCGAACUGAUAAAGCUUAUAUUAUCAAAGGAUUUCUACUACUUCAACAUGAGGGAGGUCGCUGAUUUCAUUCAUAAAGAACCGGUUACUCAGAAUCUGUUCUUCGGAGGUGGAGACAGAUGGAGGGUUAUAAGACAGAAUUUGAGUCCCCUUUUUUCGUCCAUCAAAUUAAAAAGCAUGUUUUAUAUCAUCGAAAACUGUGCUAAAUCCAUGGAAGCUACUAUCAAUGAAGAAAUGAAUGAAACCAGAACCUUGGAAGUCAAAUCUCUUUUGUCGAGAUAUACAAUGGAUUGCAUCGGAUCUUGUGCAUUUGGAGUGAACACAGGCACACUUGGAAAAGAUUAUCAUAAAAAUCCAUUUACAAUUAUUGGCGCACAAUUAUUUGAUAUUACAAGUUAUGGAGGAUUCAAAAUGGUCACUCGCGCCAUGUGGCCAUCGAUAUUCUACGGAAUAGGUUUGAAACUGUUUCCUAACUAUGUCAAUAAUUUUUUCAGCAAUCUUCUAAUUGGAGUUUUUGAGAGUCGCGACCAUAAAGAGUCCGGUAGGCACGAUUUUGUUGAUUUAUUACUGAAUUGGAAACAGAAAGACUUUUUGUGUGGCGAUAGUGUUAGCAACAUGAAGACUGGAGAGAAGAAAACUAUACAACUAGAUAUCGACGAAGAUUUGAUUAUUGGACAAUGCGCUUUGCUUUUCGCUGCUGGCUACGAGACGACGGCGUCGACAACUAGUUUACUCUUGUACGAAUUAGCUAAGAACAAAGACGUUCAGGCGCGAGUUAUUGAAGAAGUAGACGAGUAUUAUAAGAGACACAAUGGUAAAAUAGAAUUCGAAGCUAUAAAUGAAAUGCCUUAUCUGCAAGCUUGUAUAGAAGAGACGCUUAGAUUCUAUCCUGUCUUGGGUCUUCUCACGAGAGAGUCAGUUGAAGAUUACACUCUGCCGACCGGACUCCACUUACCUAAAGGUACCCGGAUCCACAUACCAGUCUAUCAUAUACAACAUGACCCAAAAUAUUACUCAGAACCGGAGAGAUGGCUGCCAGAACGUUUUUAUGGCGAAGGAAAACACGUUAUUACGCCUUUUACAUAUAUGCCAUUCGGAGAAGGACCUAGAGUAUGCCUAGGAAAAAGGUUUUCAAAGAUGCCUAUGAUCGCCGGGCUACUUACGAUAUUUAAGAAUUAUGAACUCGAGUUGGAUCCAAGAACUCCGAUGUCAUAUAAAUUUCAACCAAGAACAUUCGUGACGCAAGCGCUAGGAGGAAUAUUCCUAAAAUUUAUUCCUAGAAAAAAGAAAUUAUUAUUUCUUACUGAUGAAAUAUGCAAACAGUUUCCUAAGGAGUCCUACAUUGGUACUCUGUACGGUACUGAACCGACACUUAUUGUCAAGGAUCCUAAUUUACUGAAAAUAAUAAUGACGAAGGAUUUCUACUUCUUCAGUGGAAGAGAAAUUACGAAUUAUAAUGAUAAAGAAACUGUAACAAAUAACAUGUUCUUCCACGGCGGUGACAAAUGGAAAGUCGUGAGGCAAAAUUUAACACCACUCUUUACUUCGAUGAAAAUGAAGCAAAUGUUUCAUUUGAUAAAAGAUAUUGGUGAUUCAUUUGAAAAAGUGUUACAAGCUAAAGCUGAGUCGUCUUCGGAAACCGAAAUUAAGUCACUGAUGGUCAAAUACACUUUGGAAUGCAUAUUAUCUUGUGGUUUUGGUAUAUCAGCGGAAUUAUUGCAAAGCGAAGGAAACGAUAGUAUUUUCAUUAACGUCGGCAACAGCCUAUUCGAUAACUCAAAAACGAGACAUUUCAAAAAUAUUAUAAGAUCUAUUUGGCCGAAGAUUUUUUACACUUUGGGUUUCAAUUUAUUCGAUCCUAAAGUUGCUCCGGUUUUUAAUAAUUUGAUAACAAACGUUUUCCAAAGUCGUCUUAACAAAACUUCGAAUCGUAACGACUUUGUCGAUCUCAUUUUGUCGUGGAAAAAUGAGAAGCAUAUAUACGGUGAUAGCUUAGAUCCAAGAUGUGAUAAGAAAAUUAGCCUUGACGUUACUGAUGCACUGCUUAUACCGCAAUGCAUUCUGUUCUACGGAGCUGGUUUUGAAACGACGUCAGCUACUCUGAGUUUCUUGAUGUACGAACUCUCUAAGCGAAGUGAUCUUCAAGAGAAAUUAAUAGAAGAGGUCGAUAAUUAUUAUAAGAAACACAACGGUGUCAUUGAAUACGAAUGUAUCGGUGAAAUGCCUUUUCUUGAUGCUUGUAUCGAUGAAGUGCUGAGGCUGUAUCCAGUCUUGAGUGUACUGACUCGUGAGGUUAUGGAAGAUUAUACUUUACCCACAGGAUUGAAGUUAGAAAAAGGCAAUCGUAUACACAUUCCAUUGUACCACCUGCAUCGCGAUCCAAAGUACUUCCCAAAUCCAGAAGAAUUCCGUCCUGAAAGAUUCUUUGGGGAAGAAAAGAAGAAGGUCGUGCCAUAUUCGUUCAUGCCGUUCGGUGAAGGACCUAGGAUAUGCAUAGGUCAAAGAUUUUCUAAAAUGGUGACGCACAAUAUAGUGCUGAAAAUAUUUAAGAACUGUAAAUUAGAAGAAAGCUCUUUAACUCCAAAGAAACUGGACCUCACCGAUGUGUCCAUUGUGACACAGACCAAUGAUGAUAUUUACAAAUGUGCACCCAAAGUCGCUCACGAAAUUUGUAAAAAAUUUCCAAAUGAACCGUACGUGGGAGUAUACUACGGCAGUGAUCCUGCCCUUAUAGUUAAGGAUCCAGAACUGAUAAAACUGAUAUUAUCAAAAGACUUUUACUAUUUCAAUCUGAGGGAGGUCUCAGAUCACACUCACAGAGAAGUCAUAACACAGAACAUGUUCUUCACCGGAGGAGACAGAUGGAAGGUGCUCAGACAGAACCUGAGUCCAAUGUUCUCAUCCAAGAAAUUAAAAAAUAUGUUCUAUUUGAUCGAAGUAUGUUCCAAAACGAUCACAGAAUAUAUGCGGUCAGAAAUACAAAAUUCCAAUGUGAUUGAAGUCAGGUCCCUUCUGGCUAAAUACACGAUGGAUUGUAUAGGAAAUUGUGUGUUUGGAGUAAACACAGGAACCCUUGACAAAAAAACAGAUAAUAAUCCAUUUACCAUCAUGGGGAAUAAAAUAUUUGAUGUCUCAACGUCCAGAGGGUUUAAGAUGGUGGCACGAGCUAUGUGGCCUUCGAUAUUUUAUUCACUGCAGUUAAAAAUGUUUUCUGAAGAUAUAAAUGAAUUCUUCCAUAAUUUGCUUAUAGACGUUUUUAAAACACGGAACUAUAAAGAGUCUGGUAGACAUGACUUCAUCGAUCUCCUGCUGAAUUGGACUAAAAAGGACUUUAUAUUUGGAGAUAGCGUGAGCAAUAAUAAAAAGGAUGAGAAAUCACUAGUAGAAAUAAAAGUAGACGAUGAAUGCCUCGUUUCACAAUGUGUUAUGUUCUUCGCGGCUGGCUAUGAAACGACAGCUACAACAACAAGCUUUAUCCUUUAUGAGUUAGCUAAGCACCAAGAUGCGCAAAUACGGGUCAUUGAGGAAAUAGACGAGUAUUAUGAGAGACACGAUGGUAAAAUAGAAUUCGAAGCUAUAAACGAAAUGCCUUACCUACAAGCCUGUAUAAGCGAAACAUUAAGGCUUUACCCGGUCUUAGGUGUGAUCACGAGAGAGGUGUUUGAAGAUUACACAUUUCCCAAUGGACUCCUAGUAGAAAAAGGCACUCGCAUUCAUAUACCUGUAUAUCACAAUCAGAUGAACCCAAUAUAUUUCCAGAAUCCAGAAGAAUUUCGCCCAGAACGGUUCUUGGGUGAUGAAAAGAAGAAUAUUAAACCAUUUACGUAUUUACCAUUCGGUGAAGGACCGAGGAUAUGUAUUGGAAUGCGUUUCGCAAAGAUGCCCAUGGUAACAGCGUUACUUGCAAUAUUCAAAAACUACCACGUCGAGACUACAGACAGAACGCCAAAAUCGUUUGAUUUCGAACCUAGAGCAAUAACUACACAGCCGCUUGGAGGGAUAUAUUUAAAAUUUUUGCCACGGAAUUGA